AUGGCCGAGCUCCCAUUGAUCUUCCACCUCAGCUCACACCCCAACUGCCUGAGUAUUCGUGGGCCCUCGGUUUAUGAGGACGAGAACCACCGCACAUGGCUGCAUCACGUCAUGGACACAGAAGGUCACCUUCUAGUACAAUUGAGCCAGGUCGACUACCCCAGUGAGCAUAACGGACUCCCGUCCAGCCCACUGACUUCGAACACAAUGCCUUCCUACUGGACGAUCCACCUUCACAGCAUGUACCUGGACUCUAUGGACCGAUUCUGGCGCAUCGUGCACCACGUGUUGAAGGAUGACAUGGAGGAAAUGAUCCUUGAGCUGAUGGAUGACUCUUAG